AUGGCCGCCGCAGCAGCCGCAGCAUCGUAUCCUUAUUUAUUCUCCGCUGCCGCAGCACCUCAUCUGGCUGAGUACGCCAAUGGACACAGCAUCAGUCCUGCUGCAGCCGUUGCUCUCGUAUCCCAGCAGCACCCUUCCUUUUUCUCCGCCUUGCAUCUCAACUCCCACGUCAUGUCAUCGGUGUUACUAAAAGGGCUUGGGCGCAACCUGCCUUUGCUAAACUCUGACUUUAUGCCCCAUCCAGGAGACAUGUACGCCUCCGCUCUAAGGGGCGUGGGGAUGGGAGUUGGACCACCAGAAGCACAAGACGCUGAUGUGAAAGACGACCCAAAGGCAGAACGAAUCUUUCCCGCCUACAAAGUGCGCCUCUCGGGUCUGGACAAAAAGUCAAAGUACUUCCUGGUUCUGGACAUCAUGGCUGUUGAUGACUGCCGCUAUAAGUUCCACAACGGCAAGUGGACAGUGGCCGGCAAAGCUGACCCAGAGAUGCCCAGGCGAUGUUAUCAGUGGAUGCAGAAGGUGGUCAGUUUUCAUAAGCUGAAACUGACCAACAACAUUUCUGAUAAAAAUGGCUAUCAAAUCCUCAACUCCAUGCACAAGUACCAACCUCGCUUCCACAUUAUACGCACAUCCGACUACAUGAGACUGGCUGUGUCUCCCAGGACCACAGUCGUCUUCGAAGAGACGCAAUUUAUUGCUGUCACGGCCUACCAGAAUGAGCAGAUUACUAAGCUAAAGAUAGAUAACAAUCCCUUUGCCAAAGGUUUCCGUGAGAACGGCGGAGGUCGCAGCAAUAAAACAAAGAAACCACCGACAUCUAUGAUGGGCAGCUCCAGCUCAUCUGUCACUCACGACGACCACAUCUCAUCAAACAGUGAUGAGGAGGACGACGAGGACAACGUGGAGAUCUGUGUGGAUGACGACGAUCACCACUCCGUCAGUGGAUGUCCGAGUGAUGUGGAGGAGGCAGGUGCAUCUGCUGCUAAUGACGAUGACACUGAUGCUAUCUUGGAUGCAACGGCGCACGGAGCUCGUGGUGAGACUAAUCACCGCGGGGAAAGUAUUAUUCCUACCUCCCUGCAUGAUGACAGUGAAAAGGACACAAAACAUGAAGAAACUAAGUUGCUAUCGCAAGCGAAGCCAGAGAAACCGGUACUUAAACACAGCGCCGAGAGUUUGAUUGGCAAGACCACGCCCAAUCCACAUAGUAGCCCCGCCCAUCAAGUCGACUGUGAUUCUGUCCGUGUUAAAAGGGUUGAUGAGGAUGUGAAUAGUUUACAUAAAAACAAAAACUUGACAAGUAAGUGCAGACAAUAUGCGUUAGACAACGGCAAUCUACCUAUAACCCGUCAAGCUGGAGAUAGUAUUGACCAAAGAAAUCAACGAGGGGACAAGCGCCAAUCAUCGGAUGGCACAUUUUCUUACCACGCCCCUAACAAGGCUUUAAUUCACAAUUCUAGAGUACCAUUAUAUUCGCCCAACGGUUACCAUGCUGAUGCAGAAUCGGACACUCCGUCCAAAUACCACGGUGGUCAGUCUUCACACUCAGCUCGCCAUCAACAUCAUCAUCAUCACCCACUGCUGCAUCAGCAUCGUGAUGGGUCAUUUUCUCGACAAGAGGACAUCCUGAAGCAACAGUCGCACUAUCAUCAUUUAUUACGGACAGAAUCCGAGAAAAGAGACUUAUUUGAAAAAGAAAACAGAUUUCUCCAAGAACAGAAAUUGUUAUGUAAAGACUCCCGAAGUCCGCCGAACGUGACGGUUUGCCAACGGUCUCCAAUAGCCCACGCGUUGUUCCCCAUGUGUCACCCAAACCUGUUCGACGCCACCGCAUCGGCAUUUCACCACCCAGUGACAUCGCUGUAUAUCAACACGGUAACAUCCCAUUCUCACAUCGUCUCCCACAUCCCCUCGUCAACCAUAUCCUCGUUACCAUCGACCCCUCCUCUGUCAUCCUCUCCACCACACAGCUCCCCCAAUGGAUCAUCGACAGCGCCUUCGCUCCCCCAUCCCCAUGCCUCCCAAACGUUUCCAACGUCGCACCCAGCAGCAGUUGCCAGGGCACUGGCUGCCUCUGCACUCCCUCUCUCCUAUCACCUGGCAUUCUCCCCGAGGCACACAUCCAUUGGCCAGAUGUAUCAAACCCGAUCACCUCCCAGCAGAUACCAUCCUUACGCGCCAAAUCCAGUCAGCCCAGGGAUUCCCUCGUCUCCUGACGGUGGUCAUUCUGGAACCAGUACCCCAAGUCCAGCCAGUUCUCCAUUGCUCAUUAAAUCUCCGCCGGUCAUAACCAAACCCACCCCAAUUGCUCGGGAUAUCGGUCUUAAUCUGACCACCACAGACAAUAGGGUAGUGCCUGUCUAG